AUGAUGGCCUGUAUCGUCUCGCCACUUCGUUUCACUCCCUCCUUUUCCCAUCUCUCAAGCACCCGAGUUCGAUUCGUGCCAAAACCUUCUUCCCGACUCGGAUUCAACUCAAUGUCUCAACCGGCCUCGGAAGCCAAUCCGGACACCACGAAACCCGAGACCGCCGACGUCGUCGUUCAGUACGUGGUGCUCCGGCGAGACCUAAUCGACUCGUGGCCGCUGGGCAGUGUGGUGACACAGGGCUGCCAUGCCUCCGUCUCCGCCAUUUGGUCUCACAAAGACGACCCUCACACGCUCCAGUAUUGCAGCCCUGCAACCAUUGAUUCUAUGCAUAAGGUUACUCUUGAGGUGAAGGGAGAACCCCAAAUUUUGAAUUUAUCUGAGAAGCUCAAAGCUGGUGGCAUUGAGCACAAACUGUGGAUCGAGCAACCGGAGAACUUCCCAACAUGUCUCGCGACGAAACCUUACCCCAAAUCGAUGGUAUCUUCGUAUUUUAAAAAGUUGAAACUCUGCAAGUAAUGUCGGACUCAUUCUUGCCUGUUCUCAUACCAAUUUUAGUUGAUUGGCACUGACAGAUAAUGUGCUUCAGAGGAAUAGAUUCUAAAAUUCUGCAGUUUUUAUAUACCAUUGUUUAUAAUUUAGUUAAUUAACGAUUCUCAGUGAGUCUAUGUGAAUGGCGUGAUAUUGUGCCUUCUUUCAUGUCUUCUAUGGCAAGAA